GCUGCAGUGAGUCCUCAUGUCGAACGGCUUUUACGAGGCAGCGGGCUCUCCAGGCGGCUCGACCACUUCCGGCUUUGGAGGCGGCGGCUUUGGCCCAGGUGGAGCAAACUCGUCCGUCUCGUCGGUCUAUGGCGAGGACGGCCUUGGCCUCUUUGGCGGUGGCACCGACGAGAAAAUGGAAGAGGUCGCCCGCUUGCUGGACAACAGGUCGACCAAGGACAAGCUGGAGGGCCUGAAGCGCCUCAUUGCUAUGUUCUCCAAGGGCCGCGACGUCUCGCACAUGUUCCCGGACGUGGUCAAGAACGUGGUCUGCGAGUCGCUCGAGGUCAAGAAGCUGGUGUACAUCUUCCUGCAGCACUAUGCGGAGCAGCAGCAGGAUCUCGCGCUCCUCUCUGUGGGACGUUCCAGAAGAACUUGCAGGACUCGAACCAGCUCAUCCGUGCGUCGUCGCUCCGAGUGCUCUCGUCGAUCCGAGUGCCCAUCAUCUCGCAAGUGGUGGCGGCCGCCAUCAAGACCUGCUGCUCGGACCCGAGCCCGUACGUGCGCAAGGCUGCGGCGCACGCCAUUCCCAAGCUGUAUUCGGUCUCUCCGGACACCGAGGAUGAGCUUGUGGACAUGAUCGAGACGCUCCUCAACGAUUCGUCGACGCUUGUGCUCGGCUCUGCGGUCAACGCCUUUAACGUGGUCUGCCCAACCAAGUAUGAGCUUAUCCACCCGCAGUACCUCAAGCUCUGCACGCUGCUCGUCGACUGCGACGAGUGGGGCCAGACUAUGAUCCUCAACAUGCUGGUGCGGUACAUCCGGACGCAGUUCCUCAACCCCAACGGGGCCACAACUGAGGAGGACGCCGACAACGACGACGGAUGGGGCGCGUCGGGCCUCGCCCAGGACCUCGACUCGUUCUAUGCCGAGGACGUGACGACUGCGCCUGACGGGGCGGUCAAGGAGUACUACAUGCACGCAGACCACCGGGCUGUGCUCCGUGGAGCCCAGUCGCUGCUGCAGUCACGCAACGCGUCGGUCGUUAUGUCUGUCGCCAUGCUCUUUUUCCACUCGGCGCCUCGCUCCGACGUGGGCAUUGCCGGCAAGGCGCUCAUCCGGCUCGUCCGCUCGCACCGCGAGGUGCAGUACGUGGUGCUCUCGAACAUUGCGACCAUGGCAUCGAAGCGGCCGUCGAUGUUUCUGGGCUCGCUCAAGGAGUUCUUUGUCAAGUCUGGCGACCCGAUGUAUGUUCGCAAGCUCAAGCUGGAGAUCAUCACUCAGCUGGCGUCCGAGUCGAACAUCUCCGCCAUUCUCCACGAGCUCAAGCAGUACGUGCGGUCUGGCGAAGUCUCGUUUGUCACCGAGUCGAUCCAGGCUGUGGGCCGGUGUGCCAUGCGGGUGCCUGAGGUGACCGAGUCGUGCCUCGAGGGCCUCAUCUCGCUCUUGCACUCCAAGUCGGACCUUGUGGUGGCCGAGUCGGUGGUGGUUAUCAAGAAGCUGCUGCAGCUGCGUGCGGUGGCCGAGCCGACGGUCUCUGCGCUCACCGCCUCUGAGGUGGCGACCGUCCAGUCGGGCGCCCUCGACGACAUCAUCAAGCACCUCAUCUACUUGCUGGACAAAAUCUCCAUCGCAUCGGCGCGCGCGUGUAUCGUCUGGGUUAUUGGCGAGUACGCAUCGCGGGUGCCCGAGUAUGCGCCCGAUGUCGAGCGCAAGCUGGCAAAGUCGUUUGCGGCCGAGGACGAGGUGACCAAGCUGCAGAUCCUCAACAUGGCUGCCAAGCUCUUCCUUGCCAACCCGAACCAGACCGCCAAACUCUUUGAGUACAUUCUUGCGCUGGGCAAGUACGACGCCAACUACGACGUUCGCGACCGGGUCCGCUUCAUGACUGCCGUACUCGCCAAGCGCGAGACGCCGCUCUUUGCCGCCGCCGCCAAGCGCCUCUUCCACGCGCCCAAGCCGGCGCCGCGCGUCGUCUCGCCCUACGCCUCGCGCGCAGCCUUUGUCAUCGGCUCGCUCUCGCACCUGGUCGGCCACGCCACACCGGCCUACCUCCCGCUUCCCGAGUGGACGCUUGAGGAGCCCGACCACUCGCUGCGGACGCCAGCGGCGCCGCUGCAGGCCCCGUCUGCCCGCGGCUUUGGCUCGUCUGGCUUUGGCGGCUUUGGCCCCGAUGACUACGCCGCAGCCCACGGCGUUCCGUCCAUGCAGCAGGCACAGACACCGGCGUUUGGCGGUGUCGUCGGCGCUGCCGGCGACAUGUCGCUCGACGCCUUUUACGCAGACGACGGCGAGUACGACUACUACUCGGACGACGACGCCGCACCUGGCGCCGCACCCGGCAUGCCCGGCGCCGCCGCACCCGUCGGUGGAAACUACGGGUUCUACGGCGCCGCCACUGGUGCUGACGACGACUACUACGACUACUAUGACGACGACGUGCCGGGCGCGUCUGCCACGCCUGCGCCCGCCUCGGCCAAGCCCUCGCGCACCUCCAACCUGCUCGACCUUGGCUACAGCGCCACCGGCUCGGCGGCCGCUCCUGCGUCCGCUGCUCCGGCCGCGUCUUUGCCCGCGGCUCCUGCCGGUGACGACGAGUACUAUGACUACUACGACGACGAGGUGGCCGCCACUGCGCCUACCUUUGUCGCUGCCGGCUCUGGCCUCCUCGGCAACGUCAACAACUCGUCCGGUUCGUUGUUGUAG